ACAAAAUCUGUUUUCAUUUCUCGCUUCCAAAACUUUACCUACCCAUUGUAUUAUUAUAAUUUCCAAGAACAACCCACUGCAUCUAAUUUAUCUAAAACAAUCAAAUCACCGACCACGUUCCGUAACUCUACGGUCUUCUUUUGAUUAAGACCAGACGCAAUUACUUCGAAGUUUCGAAUAACUUCGAGGCUAUAAAAGUCGAGGGUGGCUUCUUCGACGGUCAUUCGAAAGGUUCUCUCCACAACGAUGGGUCGUAUCGUGGUGUUCCUGGCUUUCCUGGCGGUGGUACUGGUGGUGUCUGACGCCCAGCUGACCUUCAGCACGGGAUGGGGGCAGGGGAAGAGGUCUGGGCCUGGAAGUGUGGAGCCGGAACCGUGCUCGCCGGAGGAAGGGUUAUACAUGCUGUAUAAGUUGAUACAGAAGGCUAAUACAACGACGUUUGCCAGCUCCGUCGAAGUGGAUCGUUAG